AUGACAAAAGAUGCUGAGGCAGGCGGCUUGCCGACUCACAUAUCGCACAGGUCUCAGGACGAUACGCUCCCGCCCCCAAGCGAUGUCUUAGUGGCAUUCGCUCCCCAAGUUGGCACUCAACCCCCACCGGUCGCUUCUUCUCAGGCUAUACCGCCCCCGUCUUCUACCACAAGUGUACCUCACUCGGGCCCUCCUAUCAUCUGUGCCUACGACGAUCAUCAUCGAGAUGUCAUCACUUGA